AUGCAGAAAGUUUUGUCACUGGUUAUUGCUGUCCAUUGCAAGGGACGAAGAUUGCGUGGAUACUAAGCAGAAGAAUUGAAGAUGAUUAAUUGGGAUCCACUUUUGAACCAUAUUACUUUUGAUUGUGAUAGAGACCAUUCAUUUGAAAAGAGAAAGGUAUGAUGAGAGAGGGGAAUGAUAGUGCAGGGAUGGCAUGAAAAGUUUGGGAGUGGAUUAAAAAGUUGAUCUUUCCUUUUAAAGAUUCCACAUGGUCAUGCUAACUUGAUUUGGCUUAUCCUGACGGUGGAUGAUAUUUGGUUUUGCCUAGUCAGCCUUUUCAAAUCUUAAAUUUCUUUUGCUUAACAUUUUAUCUUGCUUUGCUUACUUUCCAUUUUCUUUUUUGCAGGUGUUUAAGAGUGGCCCACUGUUCAUAUCAUCCAAAGGUAUGUUUCUGUUGUUUCAUACAGGAUCAAGCAUUAAUGUCUUCCUGUUAUUUAUUCUCUGCGAGUCAUUUCAUUGAUGUUAGCACUUUCUUGUUCACAUAGCCCUUCGUUCUGAGGGUUUCCCUUUGAGAAAAUUUGCAUUUUAUAAUUUCAUCUUUUCAAGGGACUGUAAUUUUUUUCAUGUCUGCAAUGUCUGUGUCAUGCUUCCUUUUUUCUGCGUAAGAUUGUUUAAAUUUGUCUUCUUGGAUCUGGGCAUGUUUUUGGUUACUUUGACUGUGCUCAUGUCUACUUAACUAAAUAUUGACACAUUUUCUACCUCUUUGUUUGAUGGCGAUUGUUUGACAUGGAAUUGUUUGCAUGUCUAGGCCUUUGUGUGCAAUGCCUUUUUAGUUUCGAUUACUCAUCUUGUUCUUUACAGUCUUUAUCUGUGAGAUCUUAGGACACCAACACCCCCCUUUCUCAUUCAGAAAUAUUUGAAUACUUAAGAGGACUUUCUACGAUGGCUCCUCUCAGUCUCUAUAUGGUAUAUACGCGAUCUUUGGUUGUACAGUCCUAUAUGAACGCAUCACUCCCAAUUUACGUCAUUUGAAUGUCAGAACUUGCUCCUUUUUUUUGGUUCGCAUUUGAAUUACUCAUACAUAUUGUAGUUUGCGGCAUCAUGUGUAUUCAGCGCAUUUAGAGUGCUUUCUCAUUGCUAAUUUUCUUGUUGAAAUUCUGGCAUUCUUCAUGGUGUUUAUAUUUUGGUCAUGCUCUCAUCGUUAUUCUCAAUAGCAUGAUCGUCUAUGAGGUCCUAUUGAUCUGUCAAUUUUUUCUUCAAAUCGAUUUGACGUGACUAAUGGCUUAUUCCAUAUCCAAUACUCUGAUCAUUUGUGAACUGGCACUAUUCCAUAACCGAGUAACUGUUUCUUUUUAUAAUGUCUUCCCUGUGGGAUGCCUUUGAAUCCCUAUCAUUUUGAAACCACUUAACCCACUGCUAGCUAGCAAUUUACCACUUACCCAGGUUUAACGGUGAUAAAUGCUGGUUUAUCUUCUUUUCACUUCGUAGUAUGGGCUAAGAAUGCCUGGGACGAAAGUGGAUAAUAUGUUACCAGCAAGAAUUUUGAGUUGGAUCACUCUCCAUCUCCUGACGUUAAAAGUUACUGAGGGUGUAUAAGGUUGAGACACCACGUUUGAAAUGGGUGUCUGAUGGCUCAGACUAUGUAGAAAUCAUCUGAGCAAACCGGUGGAAGGGCCUGUGGUCACAUUACCUAUUUCCCUCUUUAUCUUUCACCGCCAGUUUCUCCUCAUCCUAGAACCGGGUGUCUUCUCUUCCCAUGGGUAUUGGCUUAGAACGUUUGUGCAUUUUAUCUCAUCUUACAACCUUCGGAAUUCCAAAAUUGCUUUGGAAUUGGCUUUUUUUUACCGACCCAACCUUAUUGGCAAAACUUAUCUUGUCCGAAGAAAGGGUGAUAUGUGUAAGGGAUGCUUGCCAAGUGUUGACACGACUGAAAAAGUUAAACAUGAUGUGGGUGUACUUCAUAUGUGAAAUUAUGUUGGAUAAUUCCCUCUUAUUGAUUCUGUAUGAUACUCCGAUCCUGUACAAUUUUUUUGAAGACAUGGUAAAUACACUUUGCUGAGAGCAUUUUUUUUUGGCUUAAUACCAAUUUCACAAAAAGAUGCUUUAAUAAUUGGUGUAUGUAUGGUUUCUUGGGACGCAUCUGCAUCAAAGUCAAUUGAUCCUAUUAGAGCCCAUAUUCUUCCAUGGCAAAAACUGCCUUCUGAAGACUGCUGAAUCCUCUGGUUCCUUUGUACUGGAUUCUCUGUGCUCCAAUUUGGGUUCUGCUAUUCAAACUUGGAUCGUGGCAGUGAAUCCAGCUUUUUGAUUGUCCUAAUAAACCAUAGAGGUCCUAAUAAUCCAGCUUUCCUGAGGGGAAUAUAUGUUCUAUAUGCAAUUAGCUUCAUGGCUACAAUGAUUAUAGUUUUUCCGUCUGCAUAUAAUAUUUAGCUUUUUAAAUUGGUGCCUGCAGGUAUUGGUUGGAAAUCAUGGAGAAAACGGUGGUUCAUCCUCACCAGAACAUCCUUAGUUUUUUUCAAAAAUGAUCCGGUUGGUACUUUUAAAUGUUUUGAUUGUUGAUAUAUUUCCCUCUAACUCAGAUUUAGUAUGAUUCUUUCGUCAAAUAUUUUGUAUUCUCUAGUAGUUCUCUGCUCUACCAUGUCAAAAACAUCCGAUACCCAAUCUUUCCUAAUUUGAUAUUUUCCAUGGGAUAUCUUUUUGUGCAUCAUCAUUUUCAUGAAAAAAUUGAAAGAAUCAUCUUAUAUCCAAGGGUUUGAAACCAGAAUCGCUAGGGUUUCACGUCUUCCCAUAGGCUGUUGACAUAUAGUCUGCUUUAUCUUGAAUUGCCACCAACUUUAUGAAUACAUUUAGAAUGUAUGAAUGGAUGGAUGCCCUUAUUGAAGUAUCCGGGUAUUAUAACGGUGGCAGUUAGUUUUAACUGUAAGAGUGUUGCUUAUCUUGAACGUGAUAACGUAUUUUGUGUUGUUCUCGCCCUUGAAAUAUGGAAGUGUUGUUCUUUUUUAUAUGAAAGUAAUAAAGUACUCCAAUAGUAGUGACUGAUGAUGUAAAAAUAGUAGAUUUGGCUGCCUUUAAACUGAGUCGCAAAGAUUCAGAAAAUAAUCUUUCAAGAACAUAAUUAUAUUUGCAUAAUGUCCCGAAGACAAUGCAUGGUGAGGAAUGUUUGGUGAAGAAAAACGAAAGCUUUUGUGUAACGUAUUGUAAAAGGGAUAUCAACUGAAACUCUUCUGUGUUGGUGCUGUGGCCCAAUCAUCAGUUAACAUGCUUGCCUUGGCGAUGAUAACUUGGGUGUGAAUCUAGAAGGCAGAAAAAUUUCUUUUCUUUCUCUACCAUGGUACUUCCUGGCGAUGAAUGACAUCACCUUUUAAUAAUUAGCGCGAAUAGACAAUUAUCUGCAGAAUUCUGCUUAUGGGGAAUUUCCUUAGGAGAGUUUUGUGAUUCCCUGAGCUUCCUCACAUGGAUUUCACCAUGACCUUGUUGUAAAAUCCUCUGUAGGAGUUCAUUUCCAUGUCUUUGCAUCUUCUAAUGAACCAUAAAUCUGAUCGUUGAUCAUCACAUAUUGUGUCUCUAUGAUGUCAUCUCUGUUAAUAAUUGUGGUUACCUUAAUCUAGGCAUUCAGUCUUGAUUCUUGUACUAUCUGCCAGCUGUGAGAUGAAUUUAUUUGUCUUUUGAUGGUGCACUGAUUAGUCAACCUAUUUGAGAAAGAUGUUCCUUCUUUCAUCGGUCAUCACGAAACUAAAGAGAUUUGCUAUCUCCUAGCUGAAAAAUCGUAGAGGCGGACACAGAAUCUACUUGUCCAAUAAUGUUCCCUUGUAUCAGUGAUGUGUUGGACCUCCCAAUUGGCGAAGGCUACUUCUGUUGCCGUUUCUGCUGAACAUUUUUCUGACAGUCAUUUACCUACAACAAAUGCCCUUCAUGGAGUCUGUAAAACUGCCUACUAAAAUAUCAAUGCUAAACAAGCCAAUGCCAACACUUUUCUUUCUGAGCUCUCAAUCUCAUCUCAGGAUGAAAAAUCUAUUCUAUUCAUCAGAGCCUCCUCUCUGGAAAAUUGAGUUUUUGUGAUGCUUCCAUUUCCUUGGUAUGACUCUGACUCUGAUUGAUUGAGGACAAACGACUAGGGAAAAAAAUCAUCUUUGUUUGAAUCCAUCGUCCUCCUGGUAAUGUAGAUCAUCGUCUCCACUGUUCUUUUGUCUUUUGAAAGUGCUUGUUCAUACCAUUUGCGCAUGCCAUCAAAAAGUAGAAGACCAAAGUAUUUGACUGGCAAUUCGUGAACCCAAUAUACUAGAGUCAUCUGAUGAACCUGUGAAAAACCAUCGGAUUUGUCAAAGUUAACUUCGGAUUCUACUUCAUUUAGAGGAGCUACCUUUUGAGUUAGGCCUGUGUGUCAUAUUUGAUCUUUUGAUAUUAAUCCUCAGUCUGGCCACCAUUUGUGAAUGCAGUCUCUUCACUUUGCAGAUCUUUCUGCCAUCCCUAGGAUAGAUGAAUUGAUCAUUAUCAGCAGAAUAGAUAUCCAUUCUCUAUCUUUUUACUUUUCAGUUUUGUACAUUCACUGAGACGGAUCGGGCUAGAGAAAGUGGAUCUCCUGGCCUUGGUCAUUGUUAACUCUAAUGUAGCCAUGCAAGAAAAAAAUAUAUGCCUUUGGUUGGGGAUACAGAGCUCAUAUAGUUGAUAUACAGAUGGCCCAUUGUCUUAAAUGUUAUGUUGUUGACUUUUGUGACGUAUCUAUCCUGUUCUUUUGUUUAUAAUUUGAUCAGUUUCGAUUUGUUCAGAGUACUGAGUUAUAAUGGAUCACUUUUCUGUUUCCUUUCACUACCUCUUCUAUUAAUUGUUAGAGUUGAGGUAUGUUGAAUUUCUUUUGGUGAUAAUGCCCCUAACUUUUGGCAAAUAUUCCCAUUUUCAGUACCUCUGUGCUGCUAUCUUUCGCUAAUAAAACGUGAAUGUUCAUCUUCAAAAACAGUUUGGCUGUGCAUUCUAUUGAUAUAGAAAAUUGCCUCUUCUUUCUUUCUCUGAGUAAAUAAUGAAUAAAAUAUACUAGGAUGUGGAAUUACUACACUUUGCAAUUAUCUUUACUAUGAUAAUUCGUUAUGAUCUUUGUUUUUCAGAGUGCAUUACCCCAGAGAGGAGGUGAAGUGAAUCUUACUUUGGGGGGUAUUGACCUAAACAACUCCGGGAGGUUUGUGCCUGUGUAGUUUGCUGCAGAAUUUGCUAUCAGUUUACCAUCUGUUUUAACUUUCUUUUUUGUUUUCAGUGUUGUAGUUCGGGAGGACAAAAAACUGUUGACUGUUCUGUUUCCUGAUGGACGUGAUGGCCGAGCUUUCACCCUUAAGGUACCUGGUCACUGCUGUUUGAUUGCCCUCUUGGGUUACUGGUGAUCUAGCAGCACUGCUUAUUUCUGCUAUAUUCUUGUGUUUGAAUAUGAUAGGCAGAGACGUCAGAGGACUUGUUUGAGUGGAAAACUGCCCUUGAGCUUGCUCUGGCACAGGCACCGAAUGCUGCCCUUGUUAUGGGACAUAAUGGGAUAUUUCGUAAUGACACUAGUGAUGCAUUUGAAGGAUCUGUGCAGCAGCAAUGUUUGUGGUUCCUUACAAUCUUAUUUUAUUUUUGGAUAGAUAGUCAACAGCUUUUGGUACGUUUUCCUCCAUAGUAGGUUUGACAAAGGAUGAAUUUAUGCAGGGAGAGACAAGCGUCCUGUAAAGUCUAUGGUUGUUGGACGGCCAAUUUUGCUUGCUCUUGAGGACAUUGAUGGAGGCCCAUCCUUUUUAGAGAAAGCAUUAUGUUUUCUUGAAAAGUUUGGUAGGUUUUCUCACUGAAAUGUGUCCACCACGACAUUGGUUUUUGCAUGCUGUUCAUAUUCAUCUUCUUGUAGGAUGAAAAAUCCCUCAUUCAACACGCUUUUGAUGCUGGGAUAUUUAUUGAUGCCUCUUGGAUGUGGAUUUUUAUAAAUGUUUGUAAUAUGUUGAACAAAUUUAAUUUAUCCAAGAUACAUCAUACACGCAUAUCAAGUUUUCGUAUUUCAUUUGGUGAAUAAAAUCUACUUUUGCGUUGAUAUUUGAUGGAUUAAAGAUUCUAGGAUCAGUUUUGUGGUCAUUUAAAGUACCUUUUUUACGUGUUAUUUCCUGGAGAAAUAUGGUGAUCGAAAGGAAUUAUUUGAUGAAUGUUUGUCAAUGUAAAUCAUUUAGAAACUGUGUUGUAACUGGCUCCUUUAAGCUGCACUCAUUACAUUGAACAGAUUUUUAUUUUUUGAUGGAGCUAGUAUCUUGGAUAUUUAAGAUUUUUUGUAGUUUGAGCUCCAAAUUUUCUGCUUCUGGACAGAGAUGUAUUUGCAAGGUUGAACUUAGUUUCUUUUUGAGUGCUGGUAUGUUUUACGCUAUUUACAAUGUUUGUUCUGCACAUUGCACAUUUAUAUAUUUGUGCUCAGUUCCAUGGAAUGUCUGAUCGAGGAGUUUUGGCCUAUUCGUCCCAUCAAUUGAGAAAAUUUCUAACGCUGAGAUUUCAACAGGAACCAAUAUAGAGGGUAUCCUUCGACAGGCUGCUGACGUUGAAGAGGUUGAUCGUAGAAUCCAGGAAUAUGAACAAGGUCCUCUAUUUUGGCUGUGCCCAAGUUCUUGUAAACAGUUCUUUUUUGUCCCCUAUGAACUGAAGGUUAUCUUUGUAUCAGGGAGGACUGAAUUCGCAUCAGAUGAAGAUGCACAUUUAGUUGGCGACUGUGUGAAGGUACAGGUUGAUUUUUUUUUUAUUGUGUAUUGUGCUUUAGCCUGUGAAAUCUGUCGUCUAGUUCUUGACCGACUUUUUUUUUGCAGCAUUUUCUCCGGGAGCUUCCAUCAUCCCCAGUUCCAGCAUCUUGUUGCACAGCUUUACUAGAUGCAUUUAGUAAGUCCAAGUAUUUUUAGUUUCUUUUGCCAUUGAUUUCCUGUUGUUUUAUUCCUAUCUAGUUGCCUAUGGAUUCCUAUCUGUUUGAUACUUAUUUUGUACUCGUCCAUGGCUACCAUCACUCGGUUUAUCCCAUGAUAGCCAAGGCAUUGCCUUGAGUAGAAGGUGGCUUCGAACACUUAAGCCAUCCUCGUCUUGGUCUGGUUAGGACGAUCAUGAGUUUACAUGCUUAAAGGAUGUGGAAGGUCCCGUACGUUGACAAACACGUAAAUUUGCUUGUACUCACGUGGACAAAUUACCUGUGUUCAAAUAAACAGUAAUCAGUUGGGAUUUAUAUGCUAAUAUUUUGAACUUUAAACAUGCCUUUCCAUGAUUCUCUCUUGAUGGCAUGGAAACAGCCACUCAUGAAAAUAAAGUGAUCUUAUACUAAACUAAAAUGGAAUUCUGGGACUGAUUACGCAGUAUGCUAAACUGUCCUGGUAUGUCACGCAUUAUUAAUAUUCUCUACUUUGUGGUCUGACAGAAUAGGAUAGUGAUAUGUACAAGAUGCACCGACCUAGGUUACGAAAUAAACUAUACAGAAUCACAUAUGAUAACAUACUUUACUUUCUCCCAAAAUCACCACAAGAGAAGUUUCGCAAUAUGUAGAUGUUGAAUACAUUCCAGAUAAAAGAGAUUUCAGUUACCUUAGUUGCAAAUUCCUGAUUUACUGUCAGCAACUGCACUCAAGCGGGCAGUGAUUUUUGGGGCAUUGAAUCAUCCUCUUUUUCCCUCUCCUUUGGUGAAAAUAAUAUACUUUGCAUGGUGUUUAUCAUCAAGGAAGCGUAUACUAGGUACUAAGAAAAGAUAUCUGCGGAACCUUGGGAAUAAAUAGUUGUCUAGCAGUUGCAUAGAUGUAUUACGUUUGAAUUUGGGUUUAGGACAGGAGUAAGUUUUGUGUGGGCAGUAUACCGACUUCAUGAUUUUCUUCUGAACUGGUGUUAUCUCCCUCUGGUGUAAAAUUUAGUCAUUAAAACUUAUGCUUCUCGUGGAUGAUAUAAUAUUCCUCUACGAAACAUUUUCUGAAUAGUUAGUUAAAUAUUUGGAGUCAGGGUUUUGAGAGUGAAGGCUCUGUUUUCACUAUUCCAAAAAUUAAUAGAUAGGAAAUUCAAGGAGUUUUAGUUUCCGUGUAUCAAAAUGUUUGCGAAGAUGAGACUCCAAUGCAUUUAGGAUAAAAUGGAUACAUGUGUCAUGGUGUGAAUACUUUUCUAUCAUGGAAUAUUUGCAGAAAUUUGUGAUCUGACUAAAGGAAUAUCCCUAGUUGCCUAUUUCAAUUCGUACUGCAUUGUUUGACUCAUUCCACUAGGCUUGGCUCAUGUUUUAAUUGAAGCUAGAAAACAACGACCAUUGUGAAAUUGACAUGGUUUAAACUUGUUAACGUGAAGAGAGACUAUGAACGGCAGUGACCUAAUGCUGGUUAUCAAUUUUAGUAAAUAUUAUUUAGUUAAUUCUGUGCAUUAUGGCCUUGUUUAUAACGGAGUACCAUUUUUAGAACGGAUUCCAACACAGUGAACAUUAAUUCUGUUCGUUAUUUUUAUAUUAAGUGCUUGAUUAGGCCCUGUGAUUUGUGGAAAUGGCGAAAGUAGAAUUGUUUUCGAAAUUAAAGCGCUUUCUAAGGUCAGGAUUUUUUGUUUCUGUCAAAUUGGAAUUCAACAAACUAAAUCACUUUAUAUAAUCAAAGAGUUGUCAAAAUAAUUGGUAUGAUGAUUGGGGAGCAAGAUUCCGUCUUAUCAGUGAAGGAAAGUUUCCAUUAACCAUUGGUCGUCAAGCUAAUUUCUGUUGAUGCAGAAAAUGAGUUCGUGAUUAAUAUGAGGAUCUUCGGGUGACAAAGCAGAAUACCUGACUCUCAUCGUUAAUUUCACUGUGUUGCCUGCUUGACUGAGUGGUAGUCUUGUAUUGUAUCCUUUAAGUGAGCUGUUCUUUUUAUUUUGUGGUAGUGGAAAAAUGUGUCUGAUCCAUACAGAACAUAAGAAAAGGUUCUCUAUUGAUUCAAACGCUGUACCUAAGGGUUAGGGAUAGAGGAAGAUGAAAAAACCGAUUUCACAUCUUACUUUUGAUCAAAAAAUCAAUUUGAUUUAUCUCGUACCCUUGGCUUGAUGAGAAAAUGGGUCAGAUUCUACAGGAUCAAAACGACGGGACUUGAAGGAAUGAUGGAAUCCGAGGUGAUGCUACAGAACUUGUCAUAAUGUGCCAUGAUAUUGUGUUACUAGUUUUGAGCGCUGUAUCACAGGCGGCAAAAUCUCAAAACCCAAAUGCCGAACAGGAAGGUGGUGAAAUAAGAUGCUCUUGAUUUGAUUAACGUUUGAGUUUGGUAUUUAUACCAGGCCCAUAGUACAGGAGUUGAACCGGACCAGACCGGUCCAGUUUGACACUAAAGUAAUAAAGAAAUACUACUUGUUAUCUAAUUCCAUACUUUUGUUCCUGCAUGUCUUAUGCUCUGCAUUGUGGUGAAUAAUAAAUUGUCUGGUUUUUAUGGAGUGUCAUGAUUUUAUUUUCAUUUAAGGAGCCUUUUUUUCGUAUGUGAUGUGUUUUCACUAAAAUCAAUAUGUUGACGCCUGAAGUCUAUUAUGGCUUACCUUUGUUGCUGUUCUUUUUCCCUGAAAUUUAUACUGCAUCUUCGUAUUAUUUUGGUAGGAAUUGAGCGGAAGGAGGCUCGUGUUAGUGCGCUACGGUCAGCAAUAUCCGAGACUUUUCCGGAGCCUAAUCGUAGAUUAUUACAGAGGUAAAUAACCUAUUAUGCCAUUAUUUUUUCUAAUGUACAUUCUGUGCUUGCCUGUAGCCUAAAAUUCGGCAGUCCAUAUUUCACAUUGGGUUUUUUAUUCGCUUGCACUCUGCUAUCAUUUUGUUUUUACCGUAGUGCAAUUCACAGUGCUGGAAGCUUAGGGAGGAAGUCCUAUGCAUGGGAUUAGAAGCUCAGAAAAACACAGCUUCACUGACGAGAAAAAGAGUCGUAUGAAAGCUCAGAAAAGCACAGCUCCACUAAAAGAAAGGAAUGCCAACUUGUGGUUGUGUAGAUCUUAUAUACCGCUUGCUACUCUACCUGGAGUCAUCUAAUUUUUCAUGAUUUUGGUUGGACAGUCAUCUAGAUAAUGUUUCAUGGAUCGUGAAAAGUGUUUACCUGGGCUAAAAUUGGUGUAACAUUUACCUUAUCGACAGAUAGUCAGCUGGAUUUUUAUUUUCUCACAAUACCCAUUCUAAAAAUGAAAAAUGGAUGCAGUUAAGUAAGAUUUUUUGGUGGAGCUGGGAGAUUGGGAUUACUGGAGGUUGGAUGAUGUCUAUACACCCAAUAACUGGGCCUUUUUUGUCUAUACUCUAGUGGAGCCGCUCCGAUAUUCACUCUACUUUUCAAACAACAGAUUUGACGAAGUCCCACGUCUAUCUGAUCUCAGUGCUUUAUUGGUGAGAGAUUGAACAGAUAUUCCUCCUUCCCCUGGUUCCUUUUUCUAAUGCUAGAAACCUCUUGUCACUUUUUGUAAAAGUUCUGUUAGGUUCUUAGUAUGUCAGUGACCUUUUUACUUCACAUGGCUUUUCAUCUCCUUGAAAGCCAGAAGUUCUCCAAAAGUAUGAAAUCCUAGAGGACUUUGUACCAUUAAAGUGUGGUCUGUUCACUAGCUCCAAGGACUUGGAGCGCAUCUUUUGUUUCUUUCCACCUGAAUUGACGAUUAUGGCCACAAAGAAAUGUCAAAUCUCAUAUGAGAAUGAGAAAGAAACUGUUUGGAGCAUUCCAUCCGGCAUAAGCAUCUGGAUAAUCUGGAAUGCAAUGUUCCAUAGCCAGAAUCCCUGGGCAUGCUUGGGAAAUAGAGUCAGAUUAAUUUCAGAAGAAGUAAUGAAAAAAUGAAUUUGUCUUAAAGUUUCAGGGUUUGCCAGAUCAAAGAUUUUACCCAUCCAUGGUAAAAUCCUGCAAAUUUUUUUUGAAAUAUCUCACAUAGAACAAUGUGAAACAGUUACCCUCCUAUUGUGACAGUAAGCUAGAUCCUGCUCCUGAUUGAUAUUUUCCUACGGCUUAUUCUUUAUGGUAAUGGUUUUAACUGGUUAUGGAUGACAUGAGUUUAAGCUUGCCAGUUUAUAUGAUAUAGUACUAUUUGUUACCUUAACGGUGGGCUGCAAUCAUGGACUGAAUUUCUUCUUCUCAUUAUCUUUAAUGUUCACGUUUCUCUCCAUGUUGAACUUCAGGAUCCUGAAAAUGAUGCAUACUAUCGCGGCUCCCGCUUCUGAUAACCGGAUGACUCCGUCAGCUGUUGCUGCUUGUAUGGCACCUUUGCUGCUUCGUCCGCUUUUGGCUGGCGAAUGUGAGCUAGAAGAUGAUUUUGACGUGAAUGGCGACACCUCUGCUCAGCUUCUAGCUGCUGCUAAUGCUGCUAACAAUGCUCAGGCCAUCAUAACUACUCUCAUUGAGGAGUAUGAUAAUAUAUUUGAUGUAUGCUCUUGUCAUCCGUAUUACUAAUUUCUUUCUUUGUGUGAUGUAUAGACUUAUUCUAUGUCUUAUGUUUUUCAUUCUGUUAUUUCUGAUAGAAAAGGAAUCUGAUCAUUUUUCUGGAGUGCUGUAGUUUUUUUAUUUGUUUGUUAAGUGAAGUUCUUUCAAUCUUGACUUCUUAAAGUUGAUGAAAUUAUCAUUCAAAGGUAUCUUUUGGGGAAUACUUUUAUUUCUUUAAAAUGUUGCAUUUGUGGCUCUUCAUGAUUAUCUUAUUAGUUUAAAUUUAUAACACUGUAUGGUUAUAGUCGAUACCUGUUGAUAAAACUGAGAUUUCUUCUUCUAGAAUUUUUGAAUAAAUAUUGUACUUUGUUUCACUCAUAUUCAAUUUUAUUCAACAUUCAAACAUCUUUUUUUUUGAGACCCAACUCAUCCACUUGAAAAAUAAAACAAGGAUCCAGAACAAUGAUUAAAAUAUUGUUUCUUUACUAUAGACAUGGAGUGUACCUCCCGGAGAUUAACCCAUGGGGUGAGGGAUUUCAUCCGUUCUAUCCGCAGCACCAUCCCCUGACUUGAUGACAGUCCUAGACUAAAAGUGUAUGUCUUCCAAUCAUUUACCGCCCUCAUUCCACUCCAACCUUGGGACUGUGAAGGAGAAGCUUUGGCAUAGUUCUCCAUGCAAUCCAAUAUCCUUAAUGACCACACUUCCUGACAGAUGCUUUGGGAGUUGCCUUUAGCUUUGAGUUCUCUAUGAGAUCUUUCUGCAAUUUCCUCUACUUUUCCCGUCAAGAUAGUGGUGGGAUGUGAGAUGACAAUCAUUGAGGCAGAUGUAGAGUGGCUUGAUAUGUGAGGGCCUGCGAAACCAAUGAGAAAGCUAUUUAAGUGUAGGAAAUUAUCUCAAGCCAACGGUUAUGGAUAUAUGGCUCGCCAAGAUGACCAGUGUAGAGGUUGGCGUGAAGUGAUUCUGGGGAAUAAUUGGAGAGGGAUAAUAUUUAUUCCUUCACAUGAAGAGAAAAUCUCUUCCAUGCGGCCAUCAUUCCUUGUUAGCUAUCUCUUCCAAAAUUUCGAACAGGUUAGGCUUUUGAGUCCUUUAUGCCAAUAUAUAUAUAUAUGGUCUUAUUGUUUUUUACUUGGACAAAUCCAUAUAUAUAUAUCCAUAUUAAUGUAUAUCAUUUCCAAUUCUUCUGUUUUUCAUUUCACAACUGGGCCAUUUCGGUCACUAGUUUUUUUCCCUCAUUGGUCAUCAUAUGGGAUUCAGUAUUUGUCAUCUUCAUCCAAUUUAGUUUGAUACCCUUACAUAUGGUGGGGUAUUGGACCUCAGGAGUUUUUACCUGCAUGGGGAUCUAAGGAUCUACUUGCCCUGUGAAAUAUCUGGGACUUUCGGCCUAUAAUUACAUGCCUAUUGUUGCAAUUUGUUCCUAGUUGCACAGGUUGCUGGGUGCAAUCAGGACUCGUUUUGGAUCUAAUUAGCUGGGUGCCUGUAGGGGUAUAUCAUGACUUCAUAUUAUCCUUCCUGCCACUGGGGAAGAGAUCCUUGGAAGAAACCUGUCAGUUUCCCUUUUGAACCAUAAAUAUUUAGGCAUUGGAGGAUGUGCAGUCUUGGAUACAUUAAUGGAAUGCAUUGCACAGAAUCUAGACCAGUAUGAGGAUGAAAGAAAAGUGGUUUAUUUUUUUCAGACUAAGAGGAGUAAAAACUUCCGUGAAUAGGCUUUCAUACUAAUAGGCUGAAUUCAAGGAUUUGAUGAGGGUAGUAAUUGAAGGGUUCUUUGAAAAUAACAUUCAAAGAUGGUUAGUGAAAUGUGUCGGUUUAGCGAUUUAUGAUCUUCAAAGAUAGAGACAUAUAACUGAUCUAAAUUUUUACGACGUUUAAAAUACCUAUUACGACUCAAUUAUUAAAAUGUCGGAGGAGAAGGUGCUAAAAGAUUACAACUUUAACAUACUAUCAUACGCCACUCAUUGUUGAUAAAAUUUAUAACUUCGGUUCACCUGAAAUUGCAUUAUUCUGAAACUGAAUUAAUGCGUGAAAGCUUCUUUUUUGAUGAUUUAUUGUUUAACCUUCUAGCGCCUAGUGUCCUUUUUCAGUUUGUUAGUGCUUCUAUACUGCUGUCUCAUGAUGUAAUCUGAAUCCUUCUCUCUUUUUUUGCAGAGUGAUAGCCUGCAUAGUUGUGCGAUUUCACCUGGUACCCAUGUGGAGGAAAGUGGGAGUGAUGAAUCAAGUGACGAUGGUAAUUUAGAUUUUAAAGGUGAUGGAUUCCAUGAUGCUGAAAACGAUGUUGACCUGGAAGUAGAAGAUGAUCCUGACCGUGUACUGAGUGGAAAAUUGAGUGAAAGCAGUGGGUAUGCUGGGAGCGAUCUUUAUGAUUAUAAGGUAUUGAUACUUGUUGAUAAAUUUCAAGUGGCAUACUGUAGAAUCACUGUUUUGGUCUAUUAUAUUAAAUACCCCGUAUAAGCUAAUGAUGCUAUUCGUAGCUGGAAGGCACAUGGUGAUUGAAUAGUAAAAGAGAUUGAGUGACAAUGCACUUCAGGCUCUUUGAUUGUUUUUAUUAUUUUUAUUCUAUAUUGAGGGAGUACAAUAAAUUGGUUUAUUUGAUUUUAUUUGCUAACAUUUAAUUUACUUAAAAUAUGUUGAAGAACCUCUGACAAGUGAAAAAUAUCAUAUUCAGUGUUUCCUUUUUAGGACUCGUGGACCAUCACUGUAGCUCUGCAGGUGCUCCUCGUUUGCUACAGUACAAGUUUUAUAGGCAGUAACGUGGUUCUUCUUGUUCGAGUCGCAUUUCAGAUUUUUCAUAGAUACUAAAACAUAGUUUUAUUGUCAAAAUUAUUGACGGGAGUGAAUUUAUUAUACGGUGGCUGUUGACGUAUUUGAAAUAUUUCAGGAGUUUAACUUGUUUUGGGAAAUUGAACGUACUUUAUCAAUAUUUUUUGUGUUCAAUUCAGUUCGUCUUGUCUCAUUGUCGUGAGCAGUGGCAUGAACUCAACUCGUAUUCACAUCAUAGAUGACUGUUAUGUACAUGUACCAGGACCGCAAAACAAGGGAACUAGCUAACUACUAGGAAACUGAGAAAGUAGAAAUCUGUCCAACUAAGAACUGCACUCCUAAUUAUACGUUCUUUCCCACAUUUAAAGAUAAAUUGUUGCUGUUGCAUCCAUUGGGUUCCUAGAGCUUCCUUUCUGUGUGUUGACUUUAUGUUUUCUCUAAUGUAGUAUGCUUUGUAUCAAAUUCAGGUAAUGGGUAGUUAUAAACAGUUGCUGAAAUGUUGGAUUUUGUGUCAGUUUGUUUUUGUUGAUUAUUGAUGAGGCUUGGGAGUGUUGUUGUCUUACUUUGUCCAUGUGGUUGGUCUGGGACAUUGUUUGCAAACUCAGUCCGAUUGGACCACCUUGUGGCUUCUAGUUUGAUAGUGAGGCACUGAUGUGGAGGAACUAGAAAGGGCCAAUCCAUCGAAUGGAUUGCUUGCAUCCACACAUAUGCCGGUUUAUAUAAUGCUCACACAGUACCAGUUGUUUUAUUUUAAGUGCUCCUGUCGAUUUAGCCCUCUUUUAUUUUUGGUAAUGGAUAUGUGGUUUUCCAGGUUUAUGGCGGUGAUUCGGAUGCUGACACUCCUAGAAGAAGUCAGCCUUCAGGGACAAAUUUCGAUUUACAUGGAGUUUCUCAAGCUCAAUCUAGUGACCAUGAAUUAUCACAUAAAGCACCAGAGAAAUCAUUAGUAGAAAAGAAUGCUAAUUGCGUGGAAGUCCAGGAGUCCCCCAUGUCAAUGGGAGACAUUCUAUCCUCUAUGGAGCCAGGAAUUUCUUUUCCUGUGCAAGGAACUGAAUUGCGUGAAGAGAAGCCGUCAAGUAAACCAAACGGUUCAAGUGGCCAUUCAAAACGGCCAAAUUUUUGGGGCCGUAACAUUGUAAGCGACUGGCAUCCACGGAAACUAUAAUUUGAUAUUGCUGUCUGCGUGGUUUUCUGGUAUAUUGCUAAUUUGUUUCCAACUCUGCAGGCAUGGAAGAAGCAUUCUGUGGAUUCUAUAGACUCUUCAGAGGAAGAAGAGUACGUGACUUUCAUGACCAACUCAUCCUUUUCAUAGCUGAUCAGAAAUGGAAUUUGAUUUUUGUUUUCUGCUCUGUUUUUUGUCUGAUAAAUUACUCACUGGUCUUUCGGUUAUCACUUUCUGUCCUAGGAUUUGCAUAGUUGACUUCAGGAUGAUGCGAAUAGCACAAACUCGUUUCAAUUCUGCAUUCUGGCCUCUUCACGAUUCUCCAUUGCAUGUUGUUCUUUGAUGAAUAUAAACUCAAAAUUUAAUUCAAUCGAUGUUUCUGUCUGAAGUUGAUUACGUUUUUUGACAGAACCAUUCUAAUUGGUUCGUGGGAAUCUUUUUGCUGGACAAAACGGAGUAGCGUAGUAUCUCUAAACCAUUGAAAAUAAUUGAAAAUAAGGAGUUGUUCAGAUUGUGCGGAAAUUUUUUGUAGUCUAGGAUUGAAAUUCUUUUCACUUCGAGAGAGCACACAUGGUUGGGCUUCUUAUGUUAUGACCACACAUGGUCUGGAUUCUUUAUCACUUUGAGGAUAUUAUGGCCAUAUCUUGCCACGGUAUUGGGCAGGCUCUAUCCCUUAACACUAUGACCUGCACAUGGAUGUCUGGAGGAAGGGUACUUUGGUGUUCUCCUGACAAGUUGUGAAACGGUUGCCUAGUUUGUUCUUUCUACUACUGUUGGGUCAGUGUGUUUGUUGAUUUUUCGGACAUUUAUGGAUCACUUUAAUAUUAGUACUACAAGUCAGUUCGUCCACCAAUGGCUCAAAUUAGUUUAGCAAUAUCACCUGGUUAAUAGUGUCGCUAUAUCAUGCAACAAUUUGUGAGAGUUUGUAAAAUACCUAUUAUUCGAACCAUAUCGAUACAAACUCACAAAAAAAGGCAAAGAAACUAGAGACAUAGACAUCCCAAGGAUAACUAAUUUUUACUAGUUUAGAAUUUAAUGCUGAACUUGAACAGUUAGACGAACUUUUUUGAUUCAUACUCGAUAAGUAGAUUGAUUUUUGAAAAAAAAGAAGGGUCGAGGGGAGUACAAAUAAGAUGGCCAAUAUUUGAAUACUCCCUCUCUCUCUCUCCCUUUGUUCUUGUGCUUUUGACAUUGAAAUCAAUAUGGAAACUUAUCAGUGCUUCAUUAUUAGGCUUGCUAUUCAGAGGCUUGAGAUUACAAAGAAUGACUUGCUGAACAGGAUUGCCAAAGAGGUAUGAUUAUAUUUUACCGUUCCAAGUAGAGAAGUAGAGGACUUCUAUGUGAACAAUGCUCCAUUCUUUCUGAACAGGAUUUUUGCUUUUUAUGCACUAGUACCUUAAUGAUCUACUUCAACCUCCGUAAUGUAUUUGUGUAUUUACCCAGGCCAAAGGCAAUGCCAUUUUACAAGCUAGUUUAGAAAGACGAAAGCAAGCUCUGCAUGAACGUCGCCUGGCACUUGAGCAAGAUGUAAUUAACUGUCCUUUCUACAGUAGCGUAUGAGCUAUUAUUGCUGCCGAGUCUUUUCUGCUUUGAAAAUUCUGUUGUCCUGACUGCAGCAAUGUGAACAGAAAUAUUGUGUGAUGAAAUGAAAUGUUGGCUAACAAAAUGUGAACUUUUGCUAUCUCCUCUCUCGUGGAUAGUUUUUCUGUCUCCUAGGUGUUCUUGAGCAUAGAUCCGGCUUGAGCCAUAAUGAAUGUAAUGAUUCUCUGCUAAUCAAUGAUACUUAAAUAUCUUGGUUUUGCUGAAUAUAGUAUACGAAGGAAACUAUUUGAUGAUUGUAGCUGCACAAGCUCUUUAAUAUGCCACAGGGUUAAAAAUGUUUAGGUUGAGAGAAUAUGACUGUUGAGAGAUUUAUGGUUGCUGGUGGAACAUUAUUUGGCCACUCGUCAAAUUUUCAUGUGGGGUAGGGCUAAUGAGCAUAAUCAAAUACACAAGCAGAUUUUAUUUCUUAUCAUAUACCAUCAUUAUAAGUUUGGUUUUUUCACUUUCCAGUUUUGAUAAACGGCCUAAUAUUCAUUAUCAAAAUACAGUUUUUUCUAUAUUGCCAAGGAUUAUGCUUUUCCUACUUUGUUUUUUUUUUUUUUCUGUUCCUUGAUGUCGUCUACUGUAUGUUUUAUUUUACUUUUUAUUGUCAAUAAAAAAUGUCCUUUAAGAAUGUAAGUUUCUGCAAUUCGCUUCAUCAAUGUACUUAUGAUUCCUUUUUGUGGAGAACGUCAAAUAACGUAUUUUUUAUUGAAAGUAUUAUCAGCAUGCAGCUUAUGAAAGCAUUGAAUUAUGGGUUAAGCUUGAUAUUUCUUAUUGUCGUGAUAUUUUUAAUUGGAUUAUUGUGUUGUUCUGUUGUUACGUACAGUGUAUACUACGUGCAAAGGUGGCAAUUUGUUGUCAGGUGGCACUAUUUUAGGCCAAUUCCUAUGCUUGGUCUGAUCCUCUUGAGGAUUGAAAACUGGUCCAACACUAGUGAGUCUGCAUAGGAUGGUCUGUUUUAAAUGUGCCUGAAUCCGAACCGGCAGACAGCGCAACAGUUCGUUUGCAUGUGUAUUUCAUACAUUGUCAUAGCUAAAAAUGUGCCUCAGAGUUUUCUCAACCGUUGAUUCUAUCCAAUCUUGCGUCGCUUCUAAUUCAGUCUUUAGGUCAAAAAUGGCUUUUAUCUGAUUUUUCUCAUGGUUGCUCUGGGUCAGUCAAAGCUGUGAAACUUCAUUUGUAGAGCAUAGCUACCUUUAACCGAUUAUUGUAUCAUUAGCCCAAGUCUACAUCUAAAAAUUUAUAAACCCUAUAGCUUUCUGCUUCUAAAUGUGUUUCUCUAUGAAAUGUUGCUGUAGGUUGCGAGACUGCAAGAGCAGUUACAAGCGGAGAGGGAUCUUCGAGCAGCUUUGGAAGUUGGUCUUAGUAUAUCAUCUGGACAGUUUUCUAGUUCGCGAAACAUGGACUCUAAGGUUGGUAGUUGCAACGUCACAUUAGAUUCUAAUGCCCAGCUGGGCUCAGUUCAGGUUACAUGCCUCGUGUAACAUCUUUAUUAUCACUUGUUAAGCUAUGAAGCUUGUCUGACAUGUUUACUCAGUUGAGAAAGUUAUUCGACUGUUGAAUCAUACGAGAAAAUGCAUUCCUGUUGAAAUAGAAACCAGAGUAAGCCUUUCGUGGUUAGGGUUACACUUUCGUAGGACAAACCCUUGAUGCUGAAUGACAGUUUUCGUUCCGAAAUCAACUUAAAUAGUUCCAUUUUAUAAUUUCUUCAAGCACAAUAGGCGGUCUGUCUGUCUCUGAAUCCAGAUAUUCACAUUAGGUUGGGCUGAGGUUUAGAGCUUAGUGCUUCAGACAUCACUCAUCCCUGAAGAUAUUUGUAUGUGAGCUCUACAUUGUUUGUUAACUUAUUUUUUUGUAUGUUUUGUGAAGACGAGGGCAGAGCUCGAGGAGAUUGCCCUUGCUGAAGCAGAUGUAGCUAGAUUGAAGCAGAAGGUUGCAGAACUUCAUCUUCAACUUAAUCAACAUCGACAACAUCACUAUGGAUCUCUCUCUGAUAAUUGUGACCAUUUACAGAAUGUUCAAUCGUGA